AUGAUAUCGUAUUCUCAUAAAGACAAAGACAUAUGCCGUCGAAUUUACAAAGCUCUCAUUGCCAAUAAAUUUCGUGUAUGGAUUGAUCUUGAAGAAAUGCAUGGUGCAAUGAUGCAAGUGAUGGCUGAUGCAGUUAAGAACUCGCGUUGCAUUCUAAUAUGUAUGAGUGAGAGUUACUUUUUGAGUCCAUAUUGUCAAUCCGAAGCACAAUAUGCAUUUGAAAAACGACGUUUCUUGAUUCCACUUAGAGUGCAGUCUGGUUACAAAGCCGAUGGAUGGCUAGCUUUUUUAACAUCGUGUCGAAUAUAUGUAGAUUUUACGAAAAUGGAUUUCGAUACCGCCUAUGCCAAAGUUGCGUCAGAAAUUCUCCGAAGUCAACACAAUGGAGAAGGUUCAUCAAUGACUUUAUCGCGAUUAGCCGUGUCGAAAGCACCGACGAUGAAGUGA